GCCGUGAGGGCUCUUCCCGGGGCUGCCGGGAGCACUGAGGGGGUUUCCGGUCCGGGCUGUGGGGGUUGCCGGUGCCUGUUCCCGGCCCUGCGUGGCUGGUGUGCCGCGCUCGGUGCUGACCUCACCGGGCUCGUCCUCUGAGGACUGGAGUGGAAGUUUUCUCAGAUUCUUGUCCCAAAGUAAAGAUGCAUCCAGACCUGUCCCCUCAUCUGCACACUGAAGAAUGUAACAUAAUUAUCAACUUGCUCAAGAAGUGUCACAAGGAGCACAACGUUUUGAAAUUUUUUGGCUAUUGCAAUGAUAUUGACCGUGAGAUGCGGAAGUGCUUAAAGAAAGAGUAUGAAGAAAACAGAGCCAGGAACCAGGCGAAGCGGUGGAAGCAAAUUAAUGCUCAGAAAGAGUCAGAGAAGUGAUCUGUGCUCAGCUGGACAGCUGCAUCUCAAUAGGGACACUCAGCAGAAAGUUGACAGAAUAAAACUUUCCCAUCACCAGUGCUCAGCCUGUUUGUGAGAUGGUGAAAAUAUAAAUGCACCUAAUAGGUACUCAUUGCUAGCAAGGCAAACAAUGUGGAAAAAAGAAGUAUAAUAAAUGAUCACUCACAA